CCAGCCUCCAAUAGGCCCCCACGACGCCCCCAGUGCGCCUCUAGAUGCCCCCUCCGUAGCCAUUUCGGCUCAGGACGCUUCGGUUGGGCCACGUCUGCCGAAUUCAAGGCGUUCACCUGCACACGUCUCCCUGACGCACACACCAGCAGGCCCACGGAGCCUGACCUUCCACGAUGUUCUCCAUAAUCCGCGCCGUCGUGUGUGCGUGUCUCGCGCUGGGGACGCAGGUCCAGGCGAUCUAUCAUCGCGUGCACGACCCCCAGGCUGCGCUGUUCAACAGCUCCCACGCCGCGCCGCCAGGCGCGCACAAUAACUCCCAGGUCGCACGGGUCGGGACGCCGUUCGGGGGGUCAGGCGGAUCUACAACAACGAGCGCCAACGUGGUCGCAUACUACGUCGCGAACGACUGCGGCGAGCCCGCGCACUGCGUGAUCGAGCCCACGGAGUGUGACGUCGCCUCCUCGACCCUCGGGCUCUCUGCCGGGUAUUGGCCGUCCGUGGCCUACGGCGGCAACUGCGCGAAGUGGGACGGUGGGUGGGGUGAGGUUUCUUCGGCCUCGUCCACCUGGUAUUAUUACUACGCGAACAACCAGGCUGGCGCUCAAUCCAUUUGCAAGUUGCCUACUUACUCGGUUGGCACUACGACCGGGUGCUACACCGGGUAUUCGCCAAUUGCUGACACCACCGAGUGUGACGCAGCCAGUGUCGCGCUCGGGUUCACCCUGGGCUGGUGGGGAGGGUGGGCUUACGGUGGAAACUGCGCAAAGUGGGAUGGUGGCACCGGCUCGACCACCUGGUACUACCACCACGCGAGCACCGAAACCGGCGCCGAGCCGAUCUGCAAGCUGAACCAGUACGUCAUAGCGACUGCGGGGUCGCUGUGCCCCAGCGGGUUUGCGAACAUCACCGACUCCGCAAAGUGCGACGCGGCUGGAGCUGCACUCGGACUCGCGGCAGGGCCUUAUGCGACGGACAACUACGGCGGCAGCUGCGCGAAGUGGGACGGCGGGUGGGGAUCCUGGGGCGGCGAUUGGUUCUGGCACUCCGCGAGCGUCAAGCCCGGCGCCUCGCUGAUCUGUGCCGCCGUCACGGCCCCCCCGACGCCCAGCCCCACGCCGGCGCCCCCCACGCCGAGCCCCACGCCGAGCCCCACGCCCAGCCCCACGUCCAGCCCCGCGCCCCCCCCCGCAACGGGGGCAGUGGGUCCGGUUGCCGCUACUGGCGAUCCCCAUUUGCAGAACAUUCGCGGCGAGCGGUUCGAUGUGAUGAAGCAGGGCAGGCACGUCCUGAUAAGCAUUCCUAAGGGAAUGAGCGCCGAGAACGCGCUGCUCCGCGUGGAGGCCGAGGCGCGCCGGAUGGGUGGAAGUUGCUCGGACAUGUAUUUCCAUGCUUUGAACAUCACGGGGGCGUGGGCAGAUGUGAAGCAGGCAGGAGGGUACCACUUCCAAUCGGGAAAUUUCGACAAUGUGGCUUCGGAAUGGAUUGGAUUUGGUAAGGUCGAUCUGAAAGUUGUUCAUGGACGUACGCAGCAAGGUACCCUGUACUUGAACUUCUACGUCAAGCAUCUGGGGCGAACGGGGCUUGCUGUCGGAGGCUUAUUGGGAGAUGAUGAUCACUCCGAUGCCGAAUCCGUUCCCGAGGAAUGUUGGCAGCGCAUUUCCCUCCUGGCCCAGAGUACGGACCUGAACAACCAUGGUUCUACACUAUCGGAAGCAGUUGCACUUCUUGAGUGACCAGGCUCGUUAGAAAGUUUAGGUCGUUAUAAACUUCUGGCCGUUUUCUUGCCAUGCCUUUGUUAUGAUGGCGCCACGGAGGCAUAUGGCAUCAGUUCUGCGCAACAAAUGCCCUGUGACGUACCCAACUGUUUCUACACAUGUGGCGACGAUACACAGGACCGAUCAAUACGAACGAUCAUGUUGAAGGACCCGCAGGAGCCCAC